AUGCAUAAAUUAGUUGUACAUGACCCUAAUCUCAAAAGGUGCAAAGAUUUAGUCGAUGCGACUCGCAGUGGCUUAAAAAGGGCGUACACCUCCUCAAUCGGGGAAAUUAGGAAACAUCCCAUCUCAUCUACACUGACUGGCGUCAGCUUGUGCCUCUCCUCUCUCGUUUGGAGCAAGUGUGUGAAUGUAAACCGUAUUCAGCACAGGGGUGACGUUAGAAGCAUCAGCGACCUGGCCAAGAGCGUUUUAAACAUGCUCCUCAUCCCCGAGUUUAACCCGAAUUCAAUAUUGCAAAUACUUUCCUUCUAUUUAACCCUCAAGAGACUCGAGUCCGUGAGCGGAUUUGACGCCACUAUUAAAAUGAUCACCAUUGACGCCCUAGUUGGCUUACUGUUUUCAAACUUUGUCGUCAAAAGGUUGAACUUGGCCGAUUACACUUUCAACCGCUUCGAUUUUGAUAAAUUUUCCAAGUCUCUCGUCAGCUUAUCUUGUUUCAAUUCUCCCGAGGAGCCCAUUUUGGCCUACGGGGUAAUUCGCACGAAGAACAAGUACUUUCCACCCCUGCUUGUUCUCUCAGAUUACCUUUUUACUUUUCAAACUAGUAGUUUAAUUAACAGUGCUAUCGGCAUAAUUUACGGGUUAAUCGCUCUAUCCACUUACAACUUUUUAUUCAACUCUUAA